ACAUAAUAUCACCAUCUACAAGUCAAUGUCGGUUUCUACUCGGCACCCACGUCCGCACACUUAUAUCAAACCUUUCAUUCAACUUUGCUUCCAUUCAUUCCGAUCAACCAAAUAAAAAAUAAAAAAUUUGCUUCCGUGAUCCAUCCCCGAUGGCAGAGCUAAACUCAGUCAGAGUGCUUGAGGUUUGCAAUGUUGCUCCACAGCCAAGCUCACCUGCUGGCUCAGCCACACCUCCGCCUGAGGCCCUUCCUCUAACCUUGUUUGAUUUGCUCUGGCUCAGAUUUGCACCCGUCCAACGCCUUUUCUUCUAUGAAAUCUCCAACUCCUUUGACACCACCAUACUCGUUUCAAAACUCAAAGCCUCCCUCUCUGUCGCCCUCCAACAAUUCCUACCACUAGCAGGGAACCUCAAAUGGCCCCAAGACUCCCCCAAGCCCAUUCUCAGUUAUGUCCAAGGCGACGCCGUUUCACUCACCAUAGCCGAGUCUGAUGCCGAUUUCCACCAUCUUUCAAGCCGUAGCAACUUUGUUGAGGCCAAAGAGUACCAUUCUCUCGUACCCCAAUUGACAACCUCUCACGAAAAGGCCGCAGCCGUGGCGUUCCAAGUCACCAUCUUUCCCAACGGCAAUGGCUUCUCCAUUGGAACAUCCAUGCACCAUGCCAUCCUGGACGGCAAGUCUUCAACCAUGUUUGUGAAAUCAUGGGCUCACAUUUGCAAACAUCUUGGUGAUGAUCUAUCUGGUUCAGCUCUACCAGAUCAGCUGAAACCAUUUUUUGACAGAAGGGUCGUCCAAGACCCGGCCGGGCUCGAACCAAUCUUCUUGAACCAACUUCAGAAUCUGGACGGACCCAACAACAGGAGCUUGAUGGUUACCCAGUUUAAAUCUCCACCAUCAGACGCUGUUCGCGGCAUCUUUGUAAUCACACGACCCGAAAUAGAAGCAAUGAAGCAAUGGGUUUCGACCAAAAUGGCAGAGAUGAUCAAGAAUGAAAAACAAUCUGAUCGUCCUCAUUUGUCAACAUUUUCUGUAACAUGUGCUUAUACAUGGGUUUGCUUACUCAAGGCAGAGGAAAAACAGACCGAUAAGCCAGUUAUGAUGGGCUUCACUAUGGACUGCAGGCCUCGCUUUGACCCUCCGAUACCUGCAAACUAUUUUGGGAACUGCAUAGCCGGCCGUGUAAUAGUUGCAGAGAGAAAAGGGCUUCUUGGAGAAGAUGGAUUGACCGUGGCGGUCAACGAAAUCAGUGAAGCUAUAAAAAGUGCGGACAAUGAUGGGAUUUUGAAAGGGGCAGAGACUUUGGUUCCAAUAGUUUAUUCUUCUGUGAGGAGUGAAAAGAGAUUUAUGGGUGUUGCUGGUUCACCAAGGUUUGGGAUUUAUGAUACAGAUUUUGGAUGGGGAAGGCCAAACAAGGUGGAGGUGGUUUCGAUCGAAGUGACAGGAGCCAUGUCCCUGGCAGAGUGUAGGGAUGGUAUUGCUGGAGAUGUUGAGGUUGGUUUGGUUUUGGAAAAACAUCAUAUGCAAGCUUUUGCUUCUCUGUUUGCUAAAGGGCUUCAAGACCUUUGAAUCCACGCAUGAAAUUGGUGUUAAUUAGUUGCAGAGUUUUAAUGUUUUCGCUUUGUUUUGGGGGAGAUGAAUAAUUUGAUCGAUGUUCAUUUUUUUUGUUCUUCUGGUUAUGUUCGUUUGCAAUCGUCCUCUGCUUCUCUCA